AUGGUGGCUCCAGCAAGCCUCGCCAAAGCAAUUGCUUCGUUUUCGGAGGAGAAAAAUGUGAAAUAUUCCUUAGCGAUCUCAGAAUUCAUGAAGAAAGCGGUGGGCAUCGAUCCCGCUCACUGCGUCAUCCAGUUUAUGAACCUGGAUGGCGAGAACGUAGGAUGCUGUGGCAGUACCAUGAAACAACUUGCUGCCGGCAAAUGA